AUGUCUCGCUGCCAGAACAGCCAGCGGUUGGUAAAACCCAAAAGGACGACAGCGACUGCGACAGCACCGGCGGCGUCCCCAGCGUCCCUGGCGGUAAUAACGGCAGCGCCGCUGCCGCCGCUGCUUCCGCUGCUAGCAGUGCCACCGGACAGGGCAGCUCCGCCAGCAGUUCCGCCGCUGCUAGUGCCGGGAAUUCCGCCGGCAGUUACGCCAACGCUGCCGCCGCCGCCGCUGCGGGCAGCGGCGGAUCCAGCGAUGGGUGCUCCGAUGGCGACAGUAAGUGACACUAGCCUCCUAAGGCCCACCGCCGCCUAG